CUUAAGAAAGGAGCAGAUGCAGCCCAUGGUGAUGAUACCUCCAGUCUCAAGGAGCUUGUCGCCACCUGGGUCAACCAAGAGUUUCACCUGUCUCCUCUGAUCAAGCCAAAUGACAAGUAUCUGCAUGGUUUUAUGAGUGAUAUAUGUGGAAAGCUACUUUGCCCUGCUGAGUGGGACUGGGAUAAAAGCAGAACAUUGGAAUACAUCAUUUCUGAAAAUUCUUGGCCAUUAUUUGUAUAUGAGAACUAUCAAUAUAAUGCAAACAAUCUUGAGGAAGGUUUUCUGAAGUUGAAACUUCUAGUUCUUGCUUUCAAAGCCAUCUUCACAUCACCUUCUUCUGCUAGGGAA